AUGAUCUCGACGCGUCGCUACACAGUAUACUUGCUGUUGGCCGCGCUGGUCAUCUUCACAGUAACCCGCUUCCGAGAGGGUAUUAUAUCGACAGCGCGAAUACGAUACGAGACUUUCUUUCCGUCAGGGGCCAAGAAGAGUUCAGAUGGCAAAUUUCACUGGAGCGAUGUACCUGUGUGGUAUCCAGUGCAAUCGUUGACUCAACUUCCGAAAGGCAAGCCUCAUGAAUUGCCAAAGAUUCAAUUCGCCUUCAAGGCAGAAGACGCGGUAUCUGCUGUCAAGCGAAAACAGAGACAGGCGGCUGUCAAAGAAGCAUUCGACAAGUCAUGGAACGCUUACAAGAAGCACGCUUGGAUGAAAGAUGAGGUGACGCCCCUGACUGCACAUUUCAAGAAUGGCUUCGGUGGUUGGGCUGCGACCUUGGUUGACAGCUUGGAUACUCUUUGGAUGCUGGACAUGAAAGACGAGUUCGAAGAAGCAGUCCGCUCAGCUAUGAACAUCGACCUCGGCAUGGCCACCAUGGAGACGAUCAAUGUCUUCGAAACUACAAUCCGACAUCUUGGAGGCUUCCUCGCUUGCUACGACGUGAGUAGCGAUAAACGGUGCCUGGUAAAGGCCAAGGAAUUUGGAGAGAUGUUAUUGAAGGCCUUCGACACUCCCAAUCGAAUGCCAAUCACUCGGUGGAAACCCCAAGACGCGAUCAACGGACAUCAAGUUGCGGACGAGGUCGUGUUGAUAGCCGAGAUCGGGUCCCUCACGAUGGAAUUCACUCGACUGUCUCAAGUCACUGGCGAUGUGAGGUGGUACGAUGCAGUCGAUCGAAUUAUGCGGACCUUCGUCAAACAGAUCGACGACACUCACUUACCUGGAAUGUUUCCGGUGAGCCUGAACGCUACCAGCAGGGAUUUCACCCAGGACACGUUCUUCACCUUGAGUGCCAUGUCCGACUCGUUCUACGAAUAUUUCCCCAAGAUGCAUGCACUUUUGGGUGGAUUGGAGCCGAUAUAUCAGAAACUUUACCAGCGGAGUAUGGAGACUGCCAUCAAAUAUAACCUCUGGAGGCCAAUGGUCCCUGACGAAGCCGACAUCCUGAUGUCUGGCAACGCUCGGGUCGAAAUGGGGAAGCCGCCCAUACUCGAAGCCCAAGGUCAGCAUCUCGUGUGUUUUGCCGGUGGCAUGUUUGCCGUUGGUGGACGUCUUUUCGAAGAAGAAGCGCAUGUCAAGAUCGGCCAGAAGCUGACUGACGGUUGUAUCUGGACUUACAAGCAUUCGCCAUUGGGGGUCAUGCCCGAAGUCUUCAACAUGAUGCCAUGCGCAUCGCGUGUGGAAGAGUGCAAGUGGGACGAGAAGAAGUGGCUCGACGAGAUGAAGACACAUGCCGACACCCAAGAGGAAGACGGUGAGGCAGUCGCCAAGCGGUUGCGGAUACCCAAGGGAUUCGUUGGUGUAUGGGACAGGAAGUACCAGCUUCGACCGGAAGCUAUCGAGAGCGUCUUCAUCCUAUACCGCACGACCGGCAAAACAUAUCUUCUAGACGCAGCCUGGGAGAUGUUCCAGGCCAUCAUUGCCGCCACAGAGACGCCGGUCGCGUAUGCGGCCCUGACAGAUGUCACAUACUCGAAGAAGGAGGUUGAAGCAGGCAUGCAGAUCAAGAUGGACAGCAUGGAGAGCUACUGGAUGGCGGAGACCCUCAAAUACUUCUAUCUCAUUUUCAGCGAGCCGGACUUCUUCAGCUUAGACGAAUGGGUCUUUAAUACUGAGGCUCACCCAUUCCGGAGGCCAUUAGCGAAAUAG